AUGGCUCUGAUCAUGGAACCGGUGAGCAAAUGGUCUCCGAGCCAAGUGGUGGACUGGAUGAAAGGUCUUGAUGACUGUCUGCAACAGUAUAUUAAGAACUUUGAGAGGGAGAAGAUCAGUGGGGACCAGCUGCUGCGCAUUACACAUCAGGAGCUAGAAGACCUGGGAGUCAGCCGCAUUGGCCACCAGGAGCUGAUCCUGGAAGCAGUUGACCUUCUGUGUGCACUGAAUUAUGGCUUGGAAACAGAAAAUCUAAAAACCCUUUCUCACAAGUUGAAUGCAUCUGCCAAAAAUCUACAGAAUUUUAUAACAGGGAGGAGAAGGAGUGGCCAUUAUGAUGGGAGAACCAGCCGAAAAUUGCCAAAUGACUUUCUGACUUCAGUUGUGGAUCUGAUCGGAGCAGCCAAGAGUCUGCUUGCCUGGCUGGACAGGUCCCCGUUUGCUGCUGUCACAGACUAUUCAGUCACAAGAAAUAAUGUCAUACAGCUCUGCUUGGAACUGACAACGAUUGUGCAACAGGAUUGUACUGUAUAUGAAACAGAAAAUAAAAUCCUUCAUGUGUGUAAAACUCUCUCUGGAGUCUGUGACCACAUCAUAUCCCUGUCUUCAGAUCCUCUGGUUUCACAGUCAGCCCACCUGGAAGUGAUUCAGCUGGCAAACAUCAAACCAAGUGAAGGGCUGGGUAUGUAUAUUAAAUCAACGUAUGAUGGCCUCCAUGUAAUUACUGGAACUACAGAAAAUUCACCUGCAGAUCGAUGCAAAAAAAUCCAUGCUGGCGAUGAAGUGAUUCAAGUUAACCAUCAGACUGUGCCUCUUAUACCUAGAAGUCCCACAAGCAGUGUCGCCACGCCUUCCAGCACCAUCAGUACACCCACCAAAAGAGACAGUUCGGCUCUCCAGGAUCUCUACAUCCCCCCUCCUCCUGCAGAACCGUAUAUCCCCAGGGAUGAAAAAGGAAACCUUCCUUGUGAAGACCUCAGAGGACAUAUGGUUGGCAAGCCUGUGCAUAAGGGAUCUGAAUCGCCAAAUUCAUUUCUGGAUCAGGAAUAUCGAAAGAGAUUUAAUAUUGUUGAGGAAGAUACUGUCUUGUAUUGCUAUGAGUAUGAAAAAGGAAGAUCAAGUAGUCAAGGAAGACGAGAAAGCACCCCGACUUACGGCAAGCUACGACCUAUAUCUAUGCCAGUGGAAUAUAAUUGGGUGGGGGACUAUGAAGAUCCAAAUAAGAUGAAGAGAGAUAGUAGAAGAGAAAACUCACUACUCCGAUAUAUGAGCAAUGAAAAAAUUGCUCAAGAAGAAUACAUGUUUCAGAGAAACAGCAAAAAAGACACAGGGAAGAAGUCUAAAAAGAAGAGUGAUAAGAGUAAUAGCCCGACCCACUAUUCAUUGCUGCCUAGUUUGCAGAUGGAUACACUGAGACAAGACAUCAUGGGCACCCCUGUGCCAGAGGCUACACUGUACCACACAUUUCAGCAGUCCUCCCUGCAGCAUAAAUCAAAGAAGAAAAACAAAGGUCCUAUAGCUGGCAAGAGCAAAAGACGAAUUUCUUGCAAAGAUCUUGGCCGUGGUGACUGUGAGGGCUGGCUUUGGAAGAAGAAAGAUGCAAAGAGUUAUUUUUCACAGAAAUGGAAGAAAUAUUGGUUUGUCCUUAAGGAUGCAUCCCUAUAUUGGUAUAUUAAUGAGGAGGAUGAAAAAGCAGAAGGAUUCAUCAGUCUGCCUGAAUUUAAAAUUGAUAGAGCCAGUGAAUGCCGCAAGAAAUAUGCAUUCAAAGCCUGUCAUCCUAAAAUCAAAAGCUUUUACUUUGCUGCUGAGCAUCUUGAUGAUAUGAACAGAUGGCUUAACAGAAUCAAUAUGCUGACUGCAGGAUAUGCAGAAAGAGAGAGGAUUAAGCAAGAACAAGAUUACUGGAGUGAGAGUGACAAGGAAGAAGCUGAUACUCCAUCAACACCCAAACAGGACAGUCCUCCGCCACCCUAUGAUACAUACCCGCGGCCUCCCUCUAUGAGUUGCGCCAGUCCUUAUGUGGAAGCGAAACACAGCCGCCUCUCCUCCACAGAAACCUCUCAGUCUCAGUCCUCUCAUGAGGAGUUUCGCCAGGAAGUGACUGGGAGCAGUGCGGUGUCCCCCAUUCGCAAGACGGCCAGCCAGCGCCGCUCCUGGCAGGAUUUAAUCGAGACGCCCCUGACAAGCUCAGGAUUACACUAUCUUCAGACUCUGCCUCUGGAGGAUUCCGUCUUCUCUGACUCCGCGGCCCUGUCCCCAGAGCACAGGCGGCAGUCCACCCUUCCAACUCAGAAAUGCCACCUGCAGGAUCACUAUGGGCCGUUCCCCUUAGCCGAGAGCGAGAGGAUGCAAGUGUUAAAUGGAAACGGGGGCAAGCCUCGAAGUUUUACUCUGCCUCGAGAUAGCGGGUUCAACCACUGCUGUCUGAAUGCGCCGGUUAGUGCCUGUGACCCGCAGGAUGACGUGCAAGCCACAGAGGUGGAGGAAGAGGAGGAGGAGGAGGAGGAAGGGGAGGCAGCAGGGGAAAACAUAGGAGACAAAAGUGAAAGUAGGGGAGAAAAGUUAGGAGACUCAUUGCAAGAUUUAUACAGGGCAUUGGAGCAAGCCAGUCUGUCACCACUGGGAGAACAUCGCAUUUCAACCAAGAUGGAAUACAAGCUAUCAUUCAUAAAGAGAUGUAAUGAUCCUGUGAUGAAUGAAAAACUGCACAGGCUGCGAAUUCUCAAAAGCACUUUAAAGGCCAGAGAAGGGGAAGUGGCCAUUAUUGAUAAAGUCCUAGACAAUCCAGAUUUGACAUCUAAAGAAUUCCAACAGUGGAAGCAGAUGUACCUCGAUCUUUUCUUGGAUAUCUGUCAAAACACCACCUCAAAUGACCCAUUAAGUAUUUCUUCUGACGUAGAUAUAAUCACUUCCUCUCUCACACACACUCAUUCCUACAUUGAAACGCAUGUGUAA